CCUACGAAAUAAGUAGUAAAAUACUCCGGGUGUAUUUUAUACCUUAAGAACACCAGCAAGUAAACUUUGCUGUAAUCGCCAAAGGUUGUUUGGAUUUCCAUGAAACCCUAAUUCGCGGCAGAGAGCUUCUAUCACCAUUCUGCUACCUCAGUUACAGAGAAUUCGGGGGUUCCAGCACCAGCUGUGAUUCAUCUGUCUCACUUGCCCUCAAAUCUCCGUCAUGGAUGCUCAGAGAGCAUUGCUCGAUGAACUCAUGGGCGCAUCUCGUAAUUUAACUGAAGAAGAAAGGAAGGGGUAUAAGGAACUCACAUGGGAUGACAAGGAUGCUUGCGGGUUCUAUAUGGUUCGGUUUUGUCCCCAUGAUUUGUUCGUAAACACUAGGAGUGAUUUGGGGCCAUGUCCAAAAGUUCAUGAUCCGAAGCUGAAGGAAAGUUUUGAGAAUUCCCCAAGGCAUGAUUCGUAUGUUCCCAAGUUUGAAGGAGAGCUUGCUCACUUCUGUGAGAAGUUGAUCAUGGACUUGGAUCGAAGAGUUAAGCGUGGUCAGGAACGUCUUGAUCAAGAUGAGGCAACACCCCCACCUCUCCCAAUUUCUACAGAAAAAUCUGAGCAGUUGUCUCUUCUGGAGGAAAAGAUCAAGAAUUUACUGGAACAAGUGGAGUCUCUUGGUGAAGCUGGACAGGUGGAUGAAGCUGAAGCGUUGAUGAAAAAGGUGGAACUGCUUAAUAUUGAAAAGAUAUCAUUGACUCACAAGUCCCAGCAAAGCAACUUGUUGAUGAUGGCACAGGAUAAAAAGAUGGCAUUGUGUGAAACAUGUGGCUCCUUUUUAAUUGCAAAUGAUGCUGCUGAGAGGACUCAGUCUCAUGUCACUGGCAAGCAGCAUGUUGGUUAUGGCAUGGUUCGAGAUUUCCUGUCUGAGUACAAGGCUGCACGAGAGAAGGCAAGGGAAGAGGAAAGAUUGGCAAGAGAGAAGGAAGCGGAAGAAAGAAGAAAACAAAAGGAGAAAGAAUAUGACAGCAAGCGUAGAAGCGGCGGUGGCUCAUCUGACAGAGACAGGCACCGCGACAGGGAGGAGCGUGAUCACCACCGUGAAAGAGACCGAAAUUCAAGGGGGGCUCGUGACAGAGACAGGGGCGGUUCAGAUUGGAAGUACAGUAAUUCCAGAAACGGAAGGGACCGGAACAGAAACCGUGACAGAAGCAGGUCGAGGUCACCGGUGAGGACUAGUGGUCGCAGGAGCUCAACUAAGAGUCCAGUCCGCCAAUAUUAGAGGAGGUGUUAUAAGGAGAUAUAGACUUCUGAACUUUGAAAAAGUGGAGGUAGACCAUUCUAUUAUCAACUCAAAAAGUUAUCCUGAAUGUUGUAUGAGAAGAUCCAUCUGUCCAUCUCUUCAUGUGUGGAACUGUUUUUUUGAUCUCACAGCAAAGCUUUUUUGAGACUAUAAUGAUCUCUCCCCCCUAGCAUCAAUGUAGAGGAGAAAGAGUUUAUGAGGUAGGUAUUGCUCUGUUGUCACUCUAAACUCUUCUAUUUUUCUGCUUUGUUUGAAUCAUUUGGUAUGAGAGUUUCCUUGACCCCCAACUCUUUUCGGGGUCACAUUAUUAGCCAAAACAGAUUUGUUAGUUAGCAUUGGUAACUACAGCUGCUUAAGGAGAUCAUUCCUACAAUGAGGUAACCAUUACAAACCCAUGUUUAUCAACCAAGUCUGACCAGCAUGAAUUGUUACUCUCUUCUUUCUUUAUGGUAUCUUUGUAUUUCUUUUCAGACCAACGAGAGGAAUUAGUAUUAAACUAUUACUGUUCAUUUUUUGUUUGCAUAUCUGGCGUGUCAAUCACAGCUCAUAUGAGAAUGCUUAAGCCUUGAUAAAAUUUCUAUAUGAUCCAAUGGUGGGGUUCAGAUAGGUAAAUUCACAAACUCCCUGUACCUUUAUUUGGCAGAAUUACGAAUAUGCGGUGACUGGUUGAUGUGGCAGCAAGUGAUAGUGUAUAUUGUAAUCAUCAUCGUACAUCCAAAUGAUGAAAAGAGUAUUUCUAUGAUACAAAAUUGUUGUUUCUUAAAAAUAAAAUGAGCAUCUUUUAUAUUUGAAUGGGUGUUGCAUUGAGUAAGGCUUUUGGGACUAAGGUUUGGAUGUUGUUGUUGUUGGGUGUUGCAUUGAGUAAAAAUGAGUAGAAAUAAAUAAGUCAUAUAAUCACGAUGAAAUGAACAUUCUUACAAUACUAUAAGGGCAGUCAUUUAUAAUGAUACAAAUGUACCUAGAUUUAAAUUUACAUCUGGAUGCAUCUUAUAGUAGCCACAUCAGUAUGAAAUGAAAAGGAGUCAGUCGAAAUAAAAGGUAGUUUAAGAUUUGCCAAUGUUGGAAAGGGUCAGGCUCAUGAAAUUUAUAAUUUUGAAUUUCUUAAGUUUAGAAUUUAGUUGGCAUCUGGCCAUGUGUUCCUAGUUGUCAUCAUCAAGUUUAUCUAUUCCGCAAAAUGCCCCCAGAUAUGUGAGCAGGGUUCUCUGGAGGAGGAUCUAUUGGUACAGACACAGGGCAUGGUGACAUGUCAUUAUUUUGAAAUAUUAGGUCCUAUUUAGGAGUAUGUAACACGCUUAGUAUGGCUUAUGUGGAUACGAGAAAUAACUGGAGUAUCAUUAUUUAGUAGGAUAUUAAUGAACCAUUCAUACACAGUGCAUGUCUGUUGGCGCAAGUGACUCUUUUGAAAAGGCCAAGUGAGAAUAUAUGUAAUGUAAUCUGUUUGUGUUAUUUAGCAUGUUACAGAAGGGAUUUCUCUUAUGUAAACCAUUGUGAAUGAGUAUUACUAUUUUAUAUCCAACUCUUAAGUUUCC